AUGGCUGAAGAAGAAUCACUAGACAUUAUAGUGGCUGGCUUGCCACGUACUGGAACAAUGAGCCUGAAGGCUGCGCUUGAAAUACUUGGCUUCGGACCUUGCCACCAUCUACUUGAGCCGACGUUCCAAAUUAGUAGACUGCAUCGCAGUGCAGCAGCCCUUGAAGAAAAAGACCCCCAGCGGCGGGCAAAAGCCUUCAAGGACCUCUACGCCGGGUACAAGGUCGCUCUUGACCUUCCAGGCACCGCUUGUGUUGACGAGCUCUCGCAGAUCUACCCUGAAGCAAAGGUGAUUCUCACGAUACGGCGGGACGCCUCCCUAUGGCUAGAUUCCAUUAAAGGACUGGGAUUCGACGUGACCACACUCUGGUUUCGACUCGUCUGUUUCUGGGUCCCCGGCGUCAUCUCCUCAAGCAACAUGACAAGGUCGUGGCACGAUUGCUGCCGCACACGCUUCGAGCUUCAGCACAUUCCUUCCGUUGAAUUGUACAAGGCGCAUAAUGAUUUCGUUCGCAAGGUGAUUCCUCCGGCGUCUCUUCUGGAAUUCGAUCCAUCUAUGGGGUGGGAGCCCUUGUGUACUUUUCUAGGCAAGGACAUCCCUGACGUGCCAUUUCCAAGGAGAAAUGAUCGCACUUAUCUCCGGAACGGGCUAAGAGCUGCUGUCGUGACCGGAGUUCUGGUAUGGUUGGCCAUUGCCUGGAUCCUGCGAUUGUAUUUAAAGUAUCUUGUCGAUAGAUUCUACUUGAAUAUCUAG